CUAACUGUCAUUUUGUGAUAACAAACAACUUCGAAAACUCAAUCUUAACCUUACAUUGUGUAAAUCUGUUUCGUUUAAAAUCCUUAUUUUUGAUCUUAUUCUCUGAAAAUAAAAUGAAACCAGCAGUUGUAGUAGAUGAAAUGUUUCCUGAAGGAGCAGGUCCUUAUAUGGACUUAGAGGAGGCAGGAGGCUCUAGUGGUUUGCUGAUGGAUUUAGUUGCUAAUGAGAAAUCUGUACAUGCAGACUUUUUUAACGAUUUUGAUGAUCUUUAUGAUGAAGAUGAUUUACAAUGAUGCAAAUUACCUUAGCGGUUAAAUGAAACAACGUUAAUGUAAUUUUCAAAGAUGUAUUUUUAGUUAAAUGUGUUUACAACUGUUAAUUACCAAAAUUUAUUUUUUCUCAUUAAUCACAGAUUGCAGUCAAAACAGUGAAUUUUGUUUGUUGUAAUGUAUUUUCGUAAGUUUUAUGUUUAUGUUGAGUAAAAAUAAAUUUUCUAUUCUAUAAAAAAUGGCCUCUUUUGGAGACGUUUUCGCCCUUUCGGUCCGAUAACGUCCCUCACUACUUCUUUAUACUUUUCAUUUACAUUCAGUACAAAAUAACAUUAAAAAGUCGAAUAAUAUUUACACGAUGGACUUUUCUUACAGUAACAAUAACCAUCUUAAUAAUAAUUAUUACAAUAAUCUAGAAAGUGUACAUUCAUUAUUGUGCUACAUAAAACAAUGCUUGUGAGCAAUAAACGUCUAACAAAUAACUUUAUGACAUCCAAAAGGAACAAUUGCCUGUCUUGUGGUUAACAAAAUCUUUUUUGUUGUUGAAGAAACAAACACAGACCAACAAUAUUAACUAAAAUUUAAAAUACUAAUUUUACUGGUUUUAAAAGAAACUGACAAAACAGUUAUGAAAGCAAAUGAUCAUUACAUUCAGGUAUUUGUGAAAAGUUGUGUAUAUAAUAUUUUUCUUUAAGUAUUCAGUCAGUUUCUCGGUUUAGUGGUACUGAUCGAAUUAACAUAAUUAAUUUUUGUUGAAAAUUAUAUAAUAAUUCUCUAGUUGAAUCAUUCAAUUCAAUUUUAACAUAUUAAAAAACAAAAGCGAAAGGUAACCCUCUUUCUUACUCUUUCUCUCACUCUCUCAUUCCCCCUUCUUUCUUUCUAUUUCUUCCUCGCUGUAGUUCAAAUUAUAUUAUUUACAAAUUUUACAAUUAACAUUCCUUAAUUAAAGGCGAUCGAACUUAAAUAAUUCCUUGGCGAUUAUUUACAUUAAUUUACAUUAAAAAAAGUUUGAACGGAAUAUUGAAAUAGGUAGAUUUAAGCUGUGGUACUCAUAUGCUCUUGCAACCACCCCAUUGAUGAAAAAUGACGCCUAGUAAAAAAUAUUUGGUCCUCUACAAAAAUUUGACCAUCAAAAAAUUUUUUAUUUUUUGUUUUUUUUUGUCGUUUAAGCACUUACUAUUAUCACCUUCAUCUUGUUCCGUUUGGAAAAAUAAAUAUGACAAGUUUUUGGUAUAAACCUAAUGGUGUGGGUACAUGAUUCUCUUAUCAUCCGCAAAUUUUUAUGAUUCUUGAUGACAAAUGUAAACUUGCAGAUAUGUUUAGGGAUAUUUUAUAAAUAUAAU